GUGAAAGAAAAGAAGGAAAAAGAAUAGGAAAAAUCCGUUUCCGCCAUUUGCGCUCCGUUUGUAACUUUGCGUCGGUGAUCGGUGUGCGAUAGUGUGAGUUUCGCCGUUCGCGUCCUCAAGGCUCAACGCUCCUUUCGCCGGUGGAUCCGUUAACGUCAUAUACGUUUCUCACGCUUCUUUACUCCGUCAUCUCCCUCGCACGCGCAACCGUGCAAUCGUGCAUUGCCCAACAUUGCCGAGUGUUCCCUUUUGCAUUAUAUAUGACUGCAAUAGAAAGCACGAGUGCGAAGAUUGUUCCCGACACGACGGUGUCACUAACGUCUGCGAUACGUUAACAUGUCUGCCCUUCAAAAGUCAGUUUUGAAAUCCAGAUUACCACCAUCGGCCAUCAAUUUCUCUGCUUUGAACUCCAGACUUAGUAAGUCGAGGGGAGCCCAGCGAAGAAGAGAUUACGAACCAGUACGAUGGGAUCCGUACUUUGAUCAUUCCAAGGAUGUGUCAGUGGGACAGAACACUUUUCAUGUUUAUAUCAAGGGCACUGAGGGACCAUUAUUAGUUUUAUUGCAUGGUGGUGGUUAUAGUGGUUUAACAUGGGCAGAACUCACAAAAUCGAUUAUGACAAUGGUAUUGUGUAGAGUCAUGGCGAUUGAUCUUAGGGGUCAUGGGGAUACUUACACCACAGAUGAUGAUGACUUGUCUGCAGAUACUUUAGCAUCAGAUGUUGCAGCUGUUAUAGAUGUAAUUGAGCAUGAUGCUCCAAUAAUUCUUGUCGGUCAUAGCAUGGGUGGUGCGGUAGCUGUAAGAGCAGCUCCAUUGAUUUCAAAUUUAUAUGGAUUAGGAGUUAUAGAUGUUGUAGAAGGUACGGCAAUGGAUGCAUUAGCUUCUAUGCAGAGUUUCUUGAGAUCUCGGCCAUCUAGUUUUAGCACCAUAUCUCAGGCUAUAGAGUGGUGCGUUCGUAGUGGACAAAUUCGGAAUAUACAAUCGGCAAAAGUUUCGGUUCCUGGACAGAUAAAGAACAUUGAAACUAGCAAAUUAGCAACUCAUGAUAUUGACUCAUUGCCAACCCAAUACAACAAGUGUGAAUCUAAUCCAGAGCCAGUUAUACCGCGAGAUGAUAUUAUCCAAGAGGAAGAGUCAUCCAAUAUGCCACCACCUGCGUCUUCUGCUAUUACUACUAACAGAAAAUAUGUCUGGAGAAUAGAUUUGGCAAAAACGGAGCAGCAUUGGUUCGGCUGGUUUAAGGGAUUAUCGACGGCAUUCUUGAAUGUUCCUGCACCAAAAAUGUUAUUGUUAGCAGGAGUCGAUAGAUUAGAUCGCGAACUCACUGUAGGACAAAUGCAAGGUAAAUUCCAAAUGCAAGUAUUGCCCGCUUGUGGGCAUGCUGUUCACGAAGAUGUCCCGGAUAAGGUAGCGGAAGCUAUUGCUACGUUUAUGGUUAGGCACAAGUUUGCAGAGCCAGCGUCGGAUUUUCCACGGACUUUUCCGGCUUGUUAAGAAAAAAAUUAAACAAUUGUAAUGUAAACAUAUGGAAUAAUGUCAUGUUUUCUUUUAAUUAGUUGAUAUAAUUUUAUUUAUUUCAAGAGAUAAUAACCGCCAAAUAUAGAAAC